AUGGAGAUUCAGGAAAGUUGGGUGAUAAUAACCGUCGAAUUAAAUCAAGCUUCAUCGAGGACAAAUUGUAGUGAAACAACCUCAGUAAAAUACAUUGAAUACAAUAGUGUUUCUGCAUGGGCAGGAGUGUGGGUGUUGGUGACAUUGCUACCCAGCCUGCUGGCAGUGUCUUCGCCACGGCAACGUGCCCUUGCUGCCAGAGACUACAUGGGCUGGGGUGUAUGGGCCAUGGGCUUUGUGAUUGAAGUUGUAGCAGACUACCAGAAGACAGCUUUCAGAAAUGAUCCUGCUAAUAAGGACAAGUUCAUCAGCACUGGGUUGUGGUCUUUAUCACGUCACCCAAACUAUUUUGGUGAGAUUCUUCUCUGGUUUGGUCUCUAUGUGAGUGCAUCAUCAACAUUCUCCACCUGGGAGUACCUUACCAGUACCAUCUGUCUUACAACCGAGCUUGGUUCUGACCAACUGGUCGAAAGUCAAAAUGGAUGUAAGUCGAACCUUUGAAGAUUGCAGACAUAC